UGGCGCGCGCCCAGAUCGCUUGCCGGGUGCAUUGUUGAAGGCCAGAUACCUGUAGCGGUCAGCCUUUGUAGUCAGACCUAUCUGCCGCGUGCCGAGCCCAUGGCCUGCUAUCAGCGAUGCAUCGCGUGUCGGCAACGAUGAACGGAGCCACAAAGGCCCCCGGCGACCAUAUCCGUCGUCCGUCACCUUCCAAUCGGUCGUCGUCACUAUCGCACGGGAGGUGGGAGAGCGAACCUCCUGCAGGUCCGAGCGCAAGCAAUACAGCGGUCGCUUCGGAUACUGCAGAUGGCUCUGGGAGGCAAGUUACGCAGCAGAUCGAGGAGGCUGGGAAGACGGAGUCGACUGCCUCAUACGCAUUUGACUUCGCAAAUCCCAUUUCGGCAGUCACAGACGCGGAUCAGGCCAACCUCAAGUUCGACUCAUUCGAGCUCGCGUCCCCUUCUGUCUCCCGGCCUCGCCGAGCAACCCCAUCGUCAAAAGCGACAUCAGUCGCGCAUUCCUUCCCAUCACUCUUUCGACAGACCAGCUCUCCAGACUUGGGUUCGUUGAUCAAUUUCCAAAGAAGUGGUGAAUCAAAGGCGAAGCCCGCAGACCCGGGCUAUCCGCUCCUCUUUGGAAAUCGCGCUGCCCUGCAAGAGGAAGCAGCUUUCGCUGCGGGCAGUCCACGAAGUGCUGGCGGGAACGCAAGGGCGCACCGAAAGGCUGCAUCGUCUUCCUCCAUCGCGCUAGGGCAACCGCUUCAAGCAAGCACAGAAAUACCUGCCUCAGCGCCUUCGAGCGACCUGUUCCCGAAUAGGCCCCCGCGUCUCACCGGUCAAAAUAGCGAAGAUAACAUGCGCUCGCUGACCCACAGGCAGGAACUCCCACGUAAGCCGACCCAUACCAUGCUGGCAUCACACUCGCCGCAGCACGGACCCCAGCCACUUUCACCUACCAGUCAGUCACCCAAUGCUGUUAUAGGCCGAGGCAGCAUAAAAAGCUCAAAAUCACGCCACAGUCUUCUACCAGGCUUUUUCCGCGGCUCUUCCCCAAGUUUAAAGGGCAAAGAUGCGGCUCUUCCGGCUUCCUUGCCAUCCUCACCAUCACAUUCUCGAGAGGGCAGCCCUGCACCGGCUUUUAAGAGCCUCGCCGAGACCGGAGAGAAGUUGGCGACUGGGGGUCCUCUCGCAGGAAAGCGGCGCAUCAUUUCAGACGAUGACUUUGCAUCACCGGAUACCCUCAUCGAACCAGAUGGCCUGCCGCUGGCUUCCGAGCGCUGGCGCAACGGCAGCAUCUUGCACUCUGGGUUGGGCGUGAAGCUGGCAUCUCACGAUGCUCCAAUGGAUGAGGCCAAAGGGGUGAGCGUAGGUCAGCAGGACGCGCCACCCGCACCGACACCCCCUGCCGCGCUGUCUUUCUCAUCUCGCAAUGCGUCAGGAGUCAGCAUCAACGAAUCCAACAUAUCAGAAGGCAGACCUGAAACCCGUGCAUCAGCCAGCAUCUCGCAAAACGCCUCGAGCCAGUCCGAUCCGGCAACCUUCACAAAGUCGCAGGCCGCCCAUUCGGCUGGCAUCUCCGUACGAGAUCUGCGUCCGAAGAGCUAUCAAGGUCUGCAGUCGAACGAUGAGACGCUCGUUCGAACAACGCAGCAGUCGUCCUCUUACAACUCUUUCCAGGGCUCGCCGCUCACGACUCCAAAGCGCAUGCGUCCACGACCCGCGUCGCUCAUUGCAAGCCCGUCGAUGCCGAAUGUAGCAGGCCAAGCCAGUCGUCGUGUGCACGAUGAGGACGACAAAAAGCUCGAUGAUGCGCCAAGGCGACGCGGCAAGCAGCGUAUGUCCAUGCUGGAAUUCUUGCGCACUGACACGGUCACAGGCAGCGGCAAUGGCCUAAGUGCGCUGGAUCGCUCGGGCUCAUUCAGUGCCCCCAUCGCAUCUACUUCCUUUUCUCCGUUCGCAUCCUCCCAGCCCGCUGCUCGGCUCGAAGGUGGUCGCGCAACGAGGGACGCCUAUGAUGCUGCACCACGUAGCGCAGGACCGGCGAUCAUGUUCAACAGCAGCAGUGGCCCGGAGACAAUUUCAGCGACCAAGGCCGGCAAGCAGCGGCAGACGGGCUCCAGCUGGUCGGGUGCAGCCGGCGAGGCGCGGCCGUCACCCGCGGCUGGCGCUGCAAACACAUGGACUGUUCACGUGGCGCUUAAGCCCAUGACGGACUCAGUCACGAUGUUCGGUACCAGUCAGACAACGUCCAAAUACUCCCUCUCUGGCUCGGUCGUGCUGACGAUCCCGAGGAAGCGGAGAGGCACAAGAGGGUGCGAGCAGCUGACGUUCAACCGAGAGGUUUCUUUGUCGCCGGCUAAUCGCCACUUGAACACUGAAUCUGACGCCCCUGUCCCAUCAAUUGCGUUACCCGACUCUCCGGAUGCCGAAGAAAAGGCCCACAUAUCGAUAAGAGACGAAAUACACGUCAAGUCUAUCAAGCUCGUCUUCUCCGGCUACUCGCUAUACUUUGAUCCGGCUGGACGAUUCUCGGGGCUGAAGCUAGCGGACGUGACGCAAGACCUGCUCCCAACCGGCGCGAAAAUCCCGCUAGACUUUGACGAGUCAUCGCACGAUCCGCUGAAGUAUGAGAUCGAAUUCGACAUCUCUAUCCCUGGCUGCCUGCCAGCCAGCAUCCGCACUCCGUUCGGCGCAACAUUCUACACGUUGCGCUCCACUGUUCGGUACUUCAACUCGACGGAAGCGGCAAUGGCAGCGUCGUCGACGUUGACUCCCGCAGGCAUGUUCAAGCUUGCGCCUGGUUUGAACGUCUCGCCGCCGACUAGGUCCUCAUCUGCAGGUUCCGGAGAGGUGGAUACAUCCUUGGCCUCCGCCGCUCUUGAGGCCUCAGGAGGCGCAAAAAUCGCAUUGUCUUCGGCAAGGUCCCCCUCGCCCAUGCCCGCGUCCGCUAGCGCGCCUGCUGGCAUGUCUCUUCCUCUGGCGGAUCCAAAGCAGCAACCUCAAGCGCAUGCGGGGGCAUCAGAGUCACGCCAGAAGAGCAAAGGUGGUUGGUUGACCAAGCUGAUCGGCGCAUCGUCUAGCAAGUCACUCGAGCCGAGCGCCGCAAGUAACGAAAGUGCAUCCACCCCACAGAAGCACCGCAAGAUGAGGGAGAAUUCGAGAUUGCCCUCUCAUCCAACAGAUGGAAGCACGGUCACCGAAAGCCCGAUUGUUCCUAUCAUCGUUCGCAGAUGCAGGGACGUCGUGCCUAUCCCGGUGGCUCGCAUGGCGCAUGGCGAGAUGGAAGGCAUCCCAACCGAUCCUCCGCCCGCCACUCGCAACGCGCGUAGGGUCGUGCCACCUCGCAUUUCUUCGUCAUCGUCUGAGGUGCCAGCGUCCUCGAGUGAACCCGACUCUCAAGGCGCACAACGCCCCGCGACGCCAGCAGCGCCCAAUAGCAUCUCUGCAGAGGAAACGCCGGAGAUGCUGCUUCCACCAUCGCAGCCGGUCUCACUUGCACGUGCUCGGAACGACAGCCUCGCUCUCAUUCCAGGACUGGACUCAAAGCGACCUGCGCUAUACGGCCGACGCUCUUCUCUUACCGACCAAUCUUCGAAUGGACAUCUUCCGCCUCAUCCCGCUGAUGAUCGGCCUUGCCAUAGUAGCAGCAAUUCGUCUCAUGCGCCCAUGCGGCACUUUCUCCAUCGGCCUGUCUUGCACCCUCCCAUUGAGGCCGGCUGCAGUGAAGAAGGACUGCCAUUUCUGCUCACGGUAUCGGUGCCGACGUAUGUCCACACGAGCGGGCCUCAGUGUGACAUUCUGAAUUUUGGUAUUCAAGUGGAUCUGAACGAGCAUCUUGGCUGGAACAAAGUGCGGUUAUUGGGUGGUCUCCGACUGCGACACAUGGAAUUGCUGUUGACGCAAUCAGAACGACACAGCACACUGGCCUCGCGCGGUUUCUGCUUCAACUUUCCACUCCCGAACUCGCCAGAAGUGGACAUCCACGACCUUCCCUCGCUGAUCGAUCCUAUGCAUACACCGAAGAAUCAAAAUCUGUCGACUGAUGAGCUGUUGCUUCGACGUGGCUACGAUCGGACACAUGUUGAAACAUGCAAGAAGAUUAUUGCUGCGGGUCAGCAGCCAGACGGCGAAGACAAGAAUGUCGAGAUUGCCAGGACCAUUGUGAUUGGCCCUCCUUCGAUGAUGAAGAAUGAAAAUGCCGAGCAGCCUGCACACUCAAAGAAGCUCCGAAAGAAGAGCAAGCUGGCUGGCACAGGCUUCGGCAUAGAUGCUGUCGUUCAAGAGCAAGGACCGUCGUCAAGCUCCAGGGUUGGUGUACCUUCAGCAUCAGGCUCGAGCAGACUUACUCGCGAGCCAGCCUCCGAAUGCAUUGCAACCCCAGCCCGCCCGCCUGCGAUACCGCAGACAGCGAUUCCGGACACGGGCAUGCAGCCAGUGCCCCCAACCAGUGCAUCCAGGGAAGGAGAUUUGCCAGAACUAGCGGCUGCUGGGAGAUCUGCUGGCCCAAGCCUUGGUUCGGGUCAGGCUGUGGCAUCAGGCUCAAACACCUCCAGGCGAGGUAGACGCCUUGCACAAAGCGCAUGGUCUCGUUUGACGGGCCUCGCCAACGCAGUUCUAGAAGCUGGCAUGGACUCCUUCCAUGAUGAAGAAAUAGAGCGACAGAUGGGAGAGCAGUCUUUGAGGCCGCAUGCGACAUACAGCUUUACAGGCGAUGACGGGCAUGGUGUAGACUUGACAAAAGGAAGGGUCCGCAUGACCGUCAACUUGCCGCUCAUCACGUCAAGGAGCAACCCCGACCGAUCGUUCCAAGCCGCCGUGCUCAUGGCUGACUUUGAAGGACCGUUUGCUCGAGUGCGACACAAGCUUCAAGUCAAGCUUGGCUUCGGCUUUGGAGACAAGCCUCUUGGCGAAGGUGAAUGGGGCCAGGCCCUUGUCAUGUGUGUUCCAGUCCGUUUCAGUGAGCCUCCGCCGCCAGAAGUCCGCCAUCAGUUUGGUGCGACGGCCAAUCGACUGGCCGCAUCGACAUGUAGCCCCUUCAGCGUGCAUCAGACACCGAAUUUACCCGCACAGACGCCGGUUCUCCCAGCAUACACGCAGCUGUUCCGGGAAGAUGGAUCUCGCUUGGCGGAUGAAGGAGAAGACCUACCGCGUUACCCCGGCCACGCGGCGGAAAUGUCACGUCGUGGCACCAUCUCGGGCCCAUCGCCUCGGCCUGACGGACAGCCGGCUGGAGAUGCGCACUGGAGCAUGAUCACUGCCUCCGAGGUGGUCGACGACUCAAUCGACCCGGACGAGGUCGCAGCGUCCGAAGCGGCUGCAAGGGAGCAUGCACAAGAGUUCUCCGAAGAUUCAGCUCUGGAUGAGCGGGUCGACAUCGACACGGAUCUGCCGGAUGAGGAACGAGCACGCGAGGUUCAAGACGACGAGGAUACCGUCACUGUCACGCCCAUGUUCGUUUCCGCCUGUGAAGGGGCACCUUGGGGCACAACCACCCUACGCUAGCCAUUUCACAAACUGCAAAAGGUAUAGCUAUGCGCAAUG